AUAGCUCGGCUUUCUAUGUUGGUGUAUCGACAAUAAAAGUAACGUUGGCUGCAGGGCGAUAAAAUACAUCGCACGUGCCAUUGUUUGCUAUGAUCACGACUUUGUUUCACACUUAUGAAUAUUUAUAUAUAUUCUAAAUUGGUUGCUAGUGAUGUAUUGGAUAUUUUUAGCAGUUAUUAUUCAAAUACAUUGCUGGAAAGGAUUUGAAGAUAGUUUUAAAUAUGAAAAACUACAUAUGUUCGGUUUGGGGAGGCCGUUGGUUAAUUUGCGCAGCGACAACGCAUACGCAUAUCCUGAAGAUCUGGUGACGAAGAAACAAACUUAUAUCAGAUCUCCUUACAGGAGCAUCUAUCAGGGAGUAAGGUCGAAACGGGAUCAUAGAGUAUAUAAUAAAAAGUUUGGUUAUCCGCCACGGCUCAGAGGACACCAUAUAUUUUUUGAAGGAGUGUUUGAGUGUGUCCUGACACACGUGUCAAUAGAGACGAAUGCCAGUAUACCGUCGAUACUCCGUGGUGGUGUAGGGUACAGGCACUUCAGUAUCGCCAUCAGAGCGGGCCCUGGAGAGGAACUGUCAGGUCGCGUGAGAGCCUUUUGCAGUCAGAACUCUACAACGACGUCACCUGUCUAACAUACACCGAUUAUAAUAUUUUGUACGAACUUUAUAUAUUUUCAUUCAAGAAGGUUUUGUUUCAUUCAAGAUACAACGUGUUUGAAUGCAAAUUAUAUUAAUGAAUUAUUCCUUUGGGAGAAUAGUUUCUGUAUUGUAGCCCCUAAAUUUAAUAUUCUUAAGUGAUUUUUAACUAUGAUCAAUCGUUUGGAUAUUUUAUGUAUAAAAUGUUCAAUACGUCGUCAGCCUUAUUGAUGUAGAAAUUAUUAAUUCAGUUCCUUUUACACGGACUAAUUUUGUAGUUUUUACUUUAAGGGAAAACGACGUGGAUUCACGACAUCUGAUGCAAUAUUUAUCCAGUUCUUUUGGAUUAUUCUCGAAGAAUACUAACUCUGUCUGUCUUGGAUUGUAGUAUGAAAAGUAGUCAUUACUAUAACUUUACACAAAAAACAGCUGAGUACGAAAUUGCUUAUAGAGUUCAAUACCCAAUUUUUUUAUUGCUAUAGUCAAAGUGACAUUUUAAUUCAACCUCUGAUAAACAAUUUAAUUACAGUAGCGUUUGUUAUGUAAACUUUAUAACUUCGAUAUUUUUAAUAAUAAA